AUGUUUGGCAUCUCCGACGAGGUUGUAUGCGUGGUUAUGGCAGUGAUCAUGCAAGUCAACGACCGAUAUGUCGCGCCUCAGUUGCGACAACACUUCUCGCGCAAUCGAACCGAGUGUCUUCUCUUCCUGGGAUUCGUGUCCGGCCUCCUCACGAGGCACUUGCAGUUUGGCUACCUGCUGUACAAGAUCUACGAGCUCUGUGAUGACACCUCCGCAGACACCUCCGAUCGGGCGUGGUGCGCUGCGCAUCGUCACGCCCCUCUGCCGCAGACUAUGCUGGAGGCGUUGAACGACAUCGUCAUCAAUGGGAAUCCGCCAUACGCCGCACAGAUUCAGUGGCUAUUGGUGCAGGGCUACACGAAGGAGGCGGUGUUUGUGUGGGGCGUCGAAGCGUAUACCGGGUUAUUCUUCUGGUUCACGGCGUUUGAGAGCCUUUACACGCGGCGGUGA